CGCGCUUUUAUGAUCGGUUGCAACUAGCAACAUCCACAAACCAGAAUGCCUCGUCUUUCCACUCUCUAUCUGCUCGCUUACAACUCUCUUCAGGCUAUUGGAUGGACCUUUUCCCUCCUUGCAAUUUUGAUCAAUCUUCUGUCCACGCGCUCUGUCGCUGGAACCUAUGCUUCUUCCGGCAAGCUAAUAAGUUUGCUGCAAUGCACUGCAGUAUUGGAAGUCAUACACGGAGCCAUUGGCAUUGUGCCAAGCGGAGUACUACUCACUCUAAUGCAAUGGGGAGGAAGGGUCCACUUUCUGUUGGCGGUUGUUGAUAAAGUUGAUGAGGUUCAGGGGUCACCGUCAGUCUUUAUCACUCUCCUUGCAUGGAGCAUAAGUGAGGUAAUUAGAUAUUCACAUUAUGCUUUCAACUGCAUCGGAAGUUGUCCUCCUUGGAUCACCUAUCUCAGGUAUACUGGCUUUAUUGUGCUGUAUCCCUUAGGGAUUGGUCCUGGUGAAAUGUGGCUCAUGUAUCAAGCACUUCCUAUUAUUGAGAAGAGGAACCUCUAUGCAGAUGCCUUUUCAGGUCUCCCAUUCAGUUAUUAUGAUUUCCUCAGGGUUGUAAUUGCAAUUUAUCCAUUCCUCUGGUUGAAGCUUUAUCUGCAUUUGUUCAAGCAAAGGAAAGCAAAACUCCGAAAAAACCAUGAGAAGAAAAGAACAUGAAGAGCAGAGCUCUUGGUUUUAUAAUUUGUUGACAACCUCACGAGUUAUUGAGCUUGUGCGCUUUUUCUUGGGUGAUAUGAGCUCUGCGUCUCGAUGAAGCGUUUUGUUUGAAAGCUGAGUGUCUCAGAAUGUGGCACUUGUUAAGUGAUCAUUGGACUGGAUUUUAACGCAAACUAAUGGCAUAGUCACGUGUUAUUCAGGAUUUCGGAUUACCAUCGCAGUUACUAUUCAUAAAAUUACUGCCUGUGAUAUAUGCGGUGUUUAGAACUCCUCUGGUCCUUAAUAUAAGAUCUAAUUAGAAGUUUGA